AAAUCCAAAUAUGUCAUUUUUAUGUAUCAGAUUUCAAUAUAAUUACUAACGAACAGAUCUCUUCUUCACAGUGCAGCUUCAUGCUAACGCAGUGUUUAGUGUUUCUGUGAGCCUGCAGGACACCAUGAACUCUGACCUUGUAAUCCUCAGUACUGUGACUCUCACAUGAUGCUGGAAACAGCAGCGCCGCGGCCCCCUCACACAGCAGACCAGAGACACACGCAUACACACAUCUGUCCUGGGAACAGAAAGCGUCCGCUCCCGCUGUUUGGGAGGAAUGGGGUGGUUUCCGUCUUUUGGGAGAUUUCUCUUUUUCUGGGAGAGGAGGAAUCAGAAUGGAGAGAACAAGCCCCUUAUUACAAAGGACGUCAGGAAAUCAGAAGGAGCCUCCGCUGCCUCAUACUUGGGAACAUACGAGAGUUCAGGAAGUCACACCAGCUCCAGUUUCUCCAGCCAUGAAGAACCGUCCAGAUCUUCAUCACGGAGGUUCCGCUUCAGUCCAGCAUCUUUUGGGACGUCCGGCUGGAGCGACUACAUCCUCAAGUACCUGCUGAUCUCCAGUAACCUGCUCUUCACAGCCCUGGGCCUGGCCACGUUGGUGCUGGGUCUCUGGGGUCUGAUCAACAAAGAGUCCUUCGCUCAGGAGAAGAUCAGCGGGAUUGGGACGGACCCCAUGCUGCUCUUCUUGUUCCUGGGUUUGGUCCUCGCCCUGCUGAGCAUGACGGGAUGCAUCGGGGCGUUGCGAGAGAACAUGUGUCUCCUACGGAUCUUCUCGGCUGCGGUUUUUCUUCUGGUGGUGGCACAGGUCCUGGCAGCGGUUGCACUGUUCAGCAUGCAGGCUCAGAUGGAGGACUACCUACGUUUGGGCAUGUUGACCGCUAUCGUGAGGUAUCAGGAUGACCUGGACCUAAGAUUUAUCACUGAUGAGAUCCAGACCAGCCUGCAGUGCUGCGGGGCCGACACCUACAGAGACUGGGAGAUCAAUGUGUAUUACAACUGUUCGGCUCCAGGGGUGCAGGCUUGCGGAGUGCCCCCAUCCUGCUGCAUCGACCCGCUGGAGAACGGGACGGUGUGGAACAGCCAGUGUGGAGUGGGCGCCCAGCAGCUGGACGAGUUCUCUGCCCAGAGCGUGAUCUUCCUGGGUGGCUGUUUAGGUAGCGUCGCCCGCUGGAUGGAGCACAACGGCGGGGUGAUCGUCACAGUGGUCAUCGUCUUGCUGGGCAUCCAGAUACUCACUCUGUUCAUAACAGCUCGUCUGCUGCACAAGAUAAGGUGGACCAGAGCUCAGCACCAGGCGUACUUACAGGCACUGCAAUAAAGGAGUUCAGAUGUUUGCUUUUGUUUAUGAUCAUGCAAAGAGAUACAUGAAAUUGAUACAUGUUAAUGCUGAUAUAAAGGAUGAGUCGGAUCAUAAAGUGAGUUUGCUGGUGCUGGACGAAAAAAAAGAAACCACAACUAAGUCUAAAUGAAACAAAGAUCAAUGAUUUAUUAAAUCAAUAAUUUUAAACAGUGAAUAGAAAAAUUUAGAAUGUAAAUAAUUAUAAAUCAAUAUCAAACAAAAGACAAGAGUGUUGACAAAAUUAAGAAAUAAAUAUAACAUAAAACCCAAGCACACUAAGCUAACUAACCUAAGAAAAAUGUAGAAACAAAACUGUAAUCUUCGGCGUACGACGCUUAAAUAAACCUAUACUGUAAAAUCAAUUGUAAGUGUUUUUGUGACAAAUCAAGACACAAAUCUGUAUAACUACAUGGGCAUGACAGAGGUAUUACAAGAAGGUGGUGAGUUUUGAAGACUUUGCUGAUGUCUUUCUCAAAAUACUUAUAAAUCACACAGAACGAGUGCUUAUAAAUGUUCCUGUAAUUGGUUGGGAUUUAAAGUAGGAUUGGAGCUAUAGGAAAUGUAGUCUGUACAGUAUAAAAAUAACAGAAACCAAUGUAACGUCCCAACAAUUCACAAAAACAAGCCUGCAUGCAUGUGUAAAAUAGUAAAUGGGUGUAAAGGUGGAAUUAUAUACACAAAGAUACAUAUAAAAAUGUAUAACAUACAUAAUAAAAUAUGCAAGCAAAAAUAAAAAGAAAGCAAGACUAAUAAUAAUAAUAGUAGCAAUAAUAAUAAUAAUAAUAAUAAUGACAAGAAUAAAAAAAAAAAUCAAGGGAGGUGAGAAUGAGGAAGAUGAUGCAUAAUAUGGUAAAUAUUGGUAAAAGAAGUGGUUAUAACAGCCAUAAUAAUAAUAAUAAUAAUAAUAAUAAUAAUAAUAAUAAUAAUAAUAAAUACAGUAAUAAUUAAUAUUGAGGAGGAGGAGGAGGAGGUUGAGAGAUCAGGAAAAAGACGAAGAUGUUUUCAAUAAGGCAAUGCUACUGUAAAAAUGCCGGGUUCCACACAAUUUUUUCACACUCACAUAACAUAGCAUGAAAUAAUUAAGUUGUCCCUAAAAAAAAUCAACAAAUUGUUUUGAUCAGACUCAUUUUAAAUAAGUAGUUUAAUCCUGUAACUGUCACCAUCCCGAUACCGGGGUGCUUAUGUUUAAUUCAUUAUAAUGCAAUUAAUAUAAGGACAUAUUAUAUAUUUUCAUAUUGUAUAUUAAAUAUGGUUUAUACACAUGUAAACCAUAAUAUCAACAUUUUCUAAACAAAGCAAUCAUGACAAACUUUUUAUCAUCUGAAAGCUUAAAAUGUCUUAAAAUAUUUGCUAGAUGUUACAGGGCAACAGUUGUUUAUUAAUUUGGGACAAGGAUGCACAUUAGAGUUGUACUCUGAAACAGCAAUGUAAACCUUUCUUAAUGUUUUUAGAGGCUAAAUUUAAAUCAAAAACCACUAAACUGACAUACUACUUUCGAAUGUUAUGUGUAGUUUACAAAUAUUGUCGAAAGUAUGAAAAAAUGUGGUUCACACUCCUCAAAGCAUACACAAAUAUGGGGACAGUUAAGGGGUUGAUUGAGGUUUCGAACAAGCCUGCAUUUAAUGAAUUCACUGCAUCUGAGACCUGGAGAUGAAGUUGUUUAUUUUGGAGACCGAGAGUCUAGAAAUGUUAUGAUAUCGUUUAAAAUCUUACAGGCAUUACAAGCUUUUUAUAGGUUUUCACGGUUUGUAAAUGUUUCUAUAAAAAACGAAUCUUUUGUGAAGUGGGUUAAAUACGCAUUAUCAGGCCAACUUCUGUCAUGUUUUUUGUUUUUUGGAAAAAAUCUUGCUUGAUCUUGCAUGCCCCCAGUUAAUGUAAAACAAAUAUUAAAGAGUCGGAGAACAUGAAGAGGUUAGUUAUCAACUUGAAGAGUUAAUUUAUAUAUGCAGCCUACAGAAACACAAAGCUUAGUUUUAAAAAAAAUGAUAUACUUAAUGUUAACACUUUAGAUUAAAAACCUAUUCCCACUAUUAAUUUAUUAUCUGUCUAUCUGUCUAAAUCUGACUUAAAAGGUCAGAAAUUCUGUGCAUGAAUGCAGAACCUUAUCAGGUCAAUUUCAGCCAUGUUGACAAAACAAUAUGCAGUUAUUUGAUAGAGAUGUGCCACCAGAUAACUUGAAACAGAAAUUAAAGUAUGUGAACUUGAAGAGGUUGCAUUUAUUUUGCAGCCUUUAGAAAGACAUAUUUAACUAAUACAAUAACAACAACAAAAUGGUUUCAUGUUGUUAAGACCAAGAAAAUAUAAGAUGAAUAGGUGUUUAAAAACACUGCAACUUCCAACAAAUCUUUAUUACUUUAAAUCAUUUGACAUUAUAUCAAAAUUAAAUGCAUUUUACGUAGUAUUUCAGUCAUUUAUAACAUACUUGUAUCUAGUUUAAAAAUGUACUUAUAGUAACCUAUUAAAUCAUCUGUUAAAUAAAUAAUUUUCCAUCAAUUAUUAUAGGAUCUCCAGAUGUAUUUCAGCAGUUUUAUUGUGAACAAUGAUUUGUUUUCUGUAAUCCAAAAAUUCAAUAACAAAAAAAUCUUUAAAUUAAUCCACUGUAAAACUGCACCUAUUCCCAAACAUUCCCCUUAAUAUAAUCAGCCUAAUGUAUAAAAUGUUUUAAUCAUGUUUUUUACACUUAAUUAUGCAUUUGAAAUGCAUUCUGGAACCUUGAUUUUUCCUCCAAAAUCUUUUGAUGUUGAACAGUUAGUAAAACUGACAUUUUCUUUAGUUUGAAGUUCUGUCAGUACAAAAACCUGAUUAUAAGCUGCCAGUGCAUUUUUAGUUAUUUUACAGAUUGAAUUAUCUGACUAUAUAUUAUUUCUAUAUAUUUCUAUAAUAUCUUGUCUUAAACUACUAAAAUAUCAAUAAAAGUCACUUUGGUAAAACUUUAAAAAAAUGAUGAAAAAAAAGUGAUCAGAGCAGAAAUAAAACUCCAAUGAUGCAAUUCACAAGCGUAAAUACACAGAAAACACUUGUUAGCUAUAACCUGUUAAGUUAUUUAACUAACUAACAUAUAUUUUUAGAGUGUAAUAACUGGCCCAUCAGUCUCCCCUUUAAAACAUUAGCCUUUACAAUGUGGAAAACGCUUAAUGUUGAAAGAAUCAGUUGAGGUGACAGAGCAUAACAUGUUUAAUUUGAAGCCUUUGAAGCGAAAGAAACCUCAGUAACCUACAGGACAAAAUGAUUCAAUUUGAAGUGCCGUGAGCAGCGUCAUCUAGUGGUGAAAUUAUGAAACUGACUCAAACCUUAUUUUAAAACAGAAGAACGAUACAAACUCUUAAAAAAACUACUAAUAGCCUGUGGUUUUAUAAGUUCAAGACUUCACAUCAUUAAUGAACUCAUCCUAAAUCAAGCAGUAACUUCAGAACUCAAUAAUAUUUCAAUGUUGCACUUACUAAACAUCUCCAGUCUUGCAGAUUUCCCCACACUACAUUAGAAUGAUCAGUCUCGCUCUUUUAAAGGGCUUUUGCUCUGGCCUGGCUGGGCUAUUGUAAAAAAAAAUUAAUUGAAAUAAAUAAAUGGAUUGUACUUA